CAAAAAUCCUACAUUUCUGCCUCCAUUCCCUUCAAAAACCUCUCGGAUCCAACAGAACCCUAGAUUCCUUCACCUCCAUCCCUAGGGUUUCGUCCUCCGAUCACUGCGCCGUUAAUGGCGCAACCAAUGGAAGUCCUCAAGGCCGCCGCCGAAGAGGUCUCCACUUCUUCUACUAAGAAGCGGAUUCAACUCUUUCGCGAGAAGCUGCCGCCGAUUCUGCAGAGCUCAGAGUUAUCGUCAGAUGUUGUGUCUUUACUGGUUGAUGUUAUUUUUCAAACAUUGCCCAUUUAUGACGACCGUGCAUCAAGAAAAGCCGUAGAUGAUUUGAUUGUUAAAGGUCUUGGAGAAGCUACAUUCAUGAAGAUCUACGCUGCAGCUCUUGUCCAGUUCAUGGAAAGGCAUCUAAAAGGUCACAGUCCUGUAGGAUGCUACAAACUUCUGAAGUGGUCAUGCCUCCUAUUGCAGUGGAGUCAGUUUGCUUUUGUAUCCAAAGGGGGGUUCCUUAGAUUAUCUACUGCACAAGCAUUCCUAUGUCAAGUUCUUAUGCAUGGUCCUUAUCGUACCUGUAGAGCCUGCAAGAAAAUCUUUUUUCAUCUUUUCUCUGAGUCUCCAGAUAUCUAUAAGAUGUAUAUAGAGGAAUUGAAGGAUUCAAGAAUCUCCAUCAGGGACAGCGCUGAACUGAUAAGAAUAUUACUCAGCUAUUCAAUUUCUAUUUCAUCUCUUUUUGAAAGCUACAAGUCUGUGUUCCUGGAGAUGUAUGUCAAAGCAGUUCUGAAUGCAAAGGAAAAGCCAUCACAAGCUCUUAGUGAGGCUUUUCUACCGCUUUUCAUGCAUGUAGGGCAUGAAGAUUUUAAAGCUCUAGUGUUUCCGUCAUGUGUGAAAAUGUUGAAGCGAAAUCCAGAGAUCGUGUUAGAAUCCAUCGGAGAAUUACUAAAGUCAGUCAAACUGGACUUGAGCAAAUAUGCAACAGAAUUUCUUUCAGUUGUCUUGCCACAAGCUCGGCAUGCUGAUGAAGGAAGAAGGAUUAGGGCAUUGGAUAUUGUCGGCUGUUUGAGUCAAAUGUCCAGUGAUCCAGAUACUCAACCGUCAAUGUUCAAUGCAAUAAAAAAUAUUUUAGGAGGUUCUGAAGGCAAGCUGGCACUUCCUUACCAGAGGGUUGGAAUGGUAAAUGCUAUACAGGAGUUAUCCAAUGCCCCCAGUGGGAAAGCCCUUAACAAGCUAGCUCCUUCUGUGUCAUGCUUUCUUGUAUCCUGUUACAAGGAUGAUGGCAGUGAAGAGGUGAAGGUGGCAGUCCUGUCUGCUUUGGCUUCUUGGGCAUCAAGAUCGGCUGAAGCUGUUCAGCCAGAUGUUGUUUCUUUCCUUGCUUCAGGAUUAAGGGAAAAGGAGAAUUUAAGAAAGGGGCACCUUAGAUGUUUGCGAGUGAUAUGUAAAAGUUCUGACUCGCUAACACUGGUUUUGCCUCUCCUUGAUCCUCUUGUUCAGUUGGUAAAAACUGGCAUUACUAAGGCCACACAGAGGUUGGAUGGAAUAUAUGCUCUCUUUUCAGUAUUAAAGAUUGUCACUCUUGAUGCCAAAGCAGAGGAGAUUCUUCUCAAGGAGAAGCUUUGGACGUUGAUUGCUCAAAAUGAAUCGUCAUUGAUGUCCAUUCCCUUGGUGUCAAAACUGUCAAAUGAAGAUUGUGUAACAUGUGUAGACCUUCUUGAAGUUCUUCUUGUGGACCAUAUACACAGAGUGUCAGAGUCAUUAUCUGUCAGAUCCUUGUUACAGUUAUUAGUUUUUUUAAUCUGCCAUCCAAGUUGGGAUGUUCGGAAAGCAGCUCAUAAUGCUACCAGAAAGAUUAGCUCUUUGUCUUCAAUUUUGCUUGAGGAUAUCCUAAUGGAAUUUUCAAACUUGUUACGUCUAACUGGAGAUAGAAUAUCAGUUCUGAAAGCAAGUGACUUAGAAAAUUCUCUGGAUCCACAAAUGCCAUUUCUUCCAUCUACUGAAGUGUUAGUGAAGACUUUGCUUCUUAUUGCGCCAGCAGCAAUUGCUAGUAGUCCAAAGACAUCUUCUCGGCUUUUAUUUUGCUCACACCAUCCUUGCAUUAUCAACACUUAUUGCAGUGAUGCAGUAUGGAAGAGACUCCAAAGAAAUUUGAGGAGGAAUGGAUUCGAUGUUAUUGACAUAGUGGCUGCAAAUGUUGGAUCCAUCUGCAAGGAUCUUCUUGGACCAAUGGGAUUAAUGAGUUCUAAUAUUUUCGAGCGACAAGCAGCCCUAUGCUCAUUAACAACAUUGAUGAAGUUAACACCAAAUGAUACAUUUUCAGAAUUUGAAAUGCUCUUCAGGAAACUUCCGGAUCGUUCUUUGCACGAUGCUUUAUCUGAUAGUGAUAUUAUGAUCUUUUAUACACCAGAAGGAAUGCUAUCUACUGAGCGAGGAGUGUAUAUUGCAGAGUCUGUUCCAUCCCAAAACAUGAAACUUGCAAAGGGCCGGUUUCGUGCUUAUGAGGAUCAAAAUGGCACGCCAAAUAAAAGAGAAGCUACAACCACAGGAAAGAAAGAUACUGGGAAAACUAACAAGAAAAGUGAUAAACCAAAAAGUGAAAAAGAAGAAGCACGAGAAUUGCAUCUCAAGGAGGAAGCAUCUAUUCGCGAAAAGGUUAAAUCUAUAAAGACUAAUCUCUCCAACAUGCUCCUAGCUCUUGGUGAGGUGGCUCUUGCAAAUCCAGUAUUUAUGCACGGUCAGCUCCCUUUACUGGUGAAUUUUAUUCAACCUUUACUGCAUUCACCUAUAGUAAGUGAUGAAGCAUUUGACACCAUGUUAAAGCUGGCGAAUUGUUUGGCUCCACCGCUAUGUAACUGGGCCCUUCAAAUAACUUCGGCAUUACGAAUUAUUUCCAGUGAGAAUAUACAUAUAGUAUCAGAGCUUCUUCCUCCCCCAAUUGUUGAAGGGGAAGUCCAUAAACGACUGUCAGCUGGUAUCUUUGAACAAAUAGUCAUGGGGUUAUCAGUUUCUUGCAAAACUGGCCCUCUUCCAGCAGAUUCCUUUACUUUCAUUUUUCCGAUUAUGGAGCAGAUUCUUCUUUCUUCAAAGAAGACGGCUCUUCAUGAAGACGUGCUCCGGAUAUUGUCUAUGCACUUGGACCCUGUUUUGCCUCUUCCUAGACCUCGGAUGCUAUCAGUUCUAUAUCAUGUUCUUGGUGUUGUUCCAGCUUAUCAGGCAACUAUUAGGCCCAUGUUAAAUGAAUUAUGUUUAGGUCUACAAGUGGAAGAAGUUGCAUCAGCUCUUUCUGGAGUAUAUUCAAAGGAGGUUCAUGUGAGACUUGCAUGCUUAAAUGCUGUUAAGUGCAUUCCUUCUGUUUCUAGCCAUUCUCUUCCACAGAUUCUUGAAGUUGCAACCACUAUAUGGAUUGCGUUACACGAUCCAGAGAAGGCAAUUGCUGAAGCAGCAGAGGAAUUAUGGGAUCGCUAUGGGUUUGAUUUCGGGACUGAUUAUUCAGGUCUAUUUGAUGCACUUUCUCACAUUAACUACAAUGUACGCGUGGGUUCUGCGGAAGCAUUGGCUGCAGCAUUGGAUGAAAAUCCAGACACAAUACAAGAGACCCUUUCAACUCUAUUUUCUCUCUAUAUACAAUAUCUUGGUACCGGGACCGAUGUGGCAGAUCCAUGUUGGUUAGGGAGACAAGGUGUUGCUUUAGCACUCCACUCGGCUGCAGAUGUGCUGAAAACUAAAGAUCUUCCAGUUGUGAUGACAUUUCUAAUAUCGCGGGCCUUGGCUGACCCUAACAUGGAUGUUCGAGGUAGGAUGGUAAAUGCUGGCAUCAUGAUUAUUGACAAGCACGGCAAAGAAAAUGUUCCUUUGCUGUUUCCUAUCUUUGAAAGUUACUUAAACAAAAAGGCAUCGGAUGAAGGAAAAUAUGAUCUAGUUAGAGAGGGUGUUGUUAUAUUCACUGGAGCCCUUGCGAAACAUUUGGCAAAGGAUGAUCCUAAGGUUCAUACUGUCGUUGAGAAACUCUUGGAUGUUUUAAACACACCUUCAGAAGCUGUGCAGCGUGCUGUCUCAGACUGCUUAUCUCCACUGAUGAUAUCAAAACAAGAAGAUGGUCAGGUUCUUGUUUCCAGACUUAUGGAGCGGCUGAUGAAGAGCGACAAGUAUGGGGAACGUCGUGGGGCAGCUUUUGGACUAGCUGGGGUUGUCAAGGGAUUUGGAAUCUCUUGCCUGAAAAAAUAUGGUAUCGUGGUUGUGUUGCAGGAAGCUUUAGUAGACAGGAAUUCCGCGAAAUCACGUGAAGGAGCUUUGCUUGGAUUUGAAUGUCUUUGUGAAAAGCUUGGUAGAUUAUUUGAACCAUACGUGAUUCAAAUGUUACCAUUGCUUUUGGUUGCAUUCUCUGAUCAAGUGCUUGCUGUUCGAGAGGCUGCUGAAUGUGCUGCUCGUGCAAUGAUGUCACAACUCACUGGUCACGGAGUGAAGCUUGUCCUCCCUUCACUUCUCAAGGGACUAGAGGACAAAGCAUGGAGAACUAAGCAAAGUAGUGUGCAGCUGCUUGGUGCUAUGGCAUACUGUGCACCUCAACAAUUAUCUCAAUGUCUACCUAAGAUUGUUCCUAAACUAACAGAGGUUCUCACUGACCCACAUCCCAAGGUUCAAUCAGCAGGGCAAACAGCAUUACAACAGGUUGGGAGUGUCAUUAAAAACCCUGAAAUAUCUGCUCUUGUUCCCACUCUGUUGAUGGCUCUCACAGAUCCUAAUGAGUGUACAAAACACUCUUUAGACAUCCUUCUUCAGACGACUUUUAUUAACUCGAUUGAUGCACCAUCUUUGGCUCUACUAGUGCCCAUUGUCCAUAGAGGUUUAAGGGAGAGGAGUGCGGAAACAAAAAAGAAAGCAGCCCAAAUAGUUGGAAAUAUGUGUUCUUUAGUUACCGAACCAAAGGAUAUGAUUCCAUAUAUUGGGUUACUAAUCCCUGAAGUCAAGAAGGUUCUUGUGGAUCCUAUACCAGAAGUCCGGUCAGUUGCCGCUAGGGCUCUUGGGUCUCUCAUCAGAGGAAUGGGAGAAGAGAACUUCCCAGAUCUUGUUUCAUGGUUGAUGGACACACUCAAGGCUGACACAAGUAAUGUAGAGCGAUCUGGUGCAGCCCAAGGACUGAGUGAGGUUUUGGCUGCACUUGGGAAAGAUUACUUUGAGCGCGUCCUGCCUGAUAUUAUUCGGAACUGUUCUCAUCAGCGAGCAUCUGUUCGUGAUGGACAUCUGACUCUUUUCAAGUACCUGCCUAGAUCUUUGGGUGUUAUGUUUCAGAAUUACUUGCAGCUUGUCCUUCCUGCUAUUUUAGAUGGGCUUGCUGAUGAAAAUGAAUCUGUACGUGAUGCUGCUCUUUGUGCUGGUCAUGUCUUUGUUGAGCACUAUGCAACGACGUCGUUGCCUCUGUUGCUUCCUGCGGUUGAAGAUGGCAUUUUUAAUGAUAAUUGGCGUAUACGACAGAGUUCUGUUGAACUUUUGGGCGAUCUUCUUUUCAAGGUUGCCGGAACAUCUGGAAAAGCUAUUCUUGAGGGUGGCAGUGAUGAUGAAGGUGCAAGUACAGAGGCCCAUGGGCGUGCUAUUAUUGAAGUGUUGGGCAGAGAAAAGCGUAAUGAGGUUCUUGCUGCGGUGUAUAUGGUUCGCACUGAUGUCAGCUUAUCUGUGCGACAGGCUGCUCUGCAUGUAUGGAAGACCAUUGUGGCAAAUACACCAAAGACUCUUAAAGAAAUAAUGCCAAUUUUAAUGAACAUACUUAUAUCUUCUCUUGCUUCACCUUCCUCAGAAAGACGACAGGUUGCUGGUAGAGCUCUUGGCGAGCUUGUUAGAAAACUGGGUGAAAGAGUUUUACCUUCAAUAAUUCCAAUUCUAUCUGAAGGACUAAGGAAUCCUGAUAUUAGCAGAAGACAAGGUGUAUGCAUUGGUCUGAGUGAAGUGAUGGCAAGUGCUGGCAAACAUCAGUUAAUUAAUUUCAUGGAUGACCUUAUCCCUACAAUUCGUACAGCUCUAUGUGAUGGCUCCCAAGAAGUCCGUGAAUCUGCAGGCUUGGCAUUUAGUACUCUAUAUAAGAGUGCUGGAAUGCAAGCUAUUGACGAAAUUGUACCUACACUACUGAGUUCAUUGGAAGACGAUGAGACCUCUGAAACCGCACUUGACGGGCUUAAGCAAAUUCUAAGUGUCAGAACAGCAGCCGUUUUGCCUCAUAUAUUGCCCAAACUGGUCCAUCCACCACUUUCUGCCUUCAAUGCCCAUGCUCUUGGAGCCUUGGCAGAGGUUGCUGGACCUGGUUUGAAUUUUCAUAUUGCAACAGUUCUUCCACCAUUAUUAGUUGCUAUGAGUGAUGAUGCUGUGGAUGUGCAACAAGCUGCAAAGAAGGCUGCGGAAACAGUUGUUCUGGUUAUCGAUGAGGAGGGUAUUGACUCUUUGAUAUCGGAGCUUCAAAAAGGGGUUUCAGAUAAUCAGGCUUUGAUGAGAAAAGGCUCUGCUUAUCUAAUAGGCUACUUUUUCAAAAAUAGCAAAUUGUAUUUGGUUGAUGAAGCUCCUCACAUGAUCUCCACAUUGAUCACUUUAUUGAGUGACAAUGACUCUGACACUGUCAUGGUUUCUUGGGAAGCCCUAGGUAGGGUUGUGGGAUCUGUACCCAAAGAAGUUUUGUCUUCAUAUAUCAAACUGGUCCGUGAUGCUGUCUCAACCGCUAGAGAUAAAGAACGAAGAAAAAGAAAGGGAGGACCUAUUCUUAUACCUGGGUUCUGUCUUCCAAAAGCCCUGCAACCAUUGCUUCCAAUUUUUCUUCAGGGCCUAAUUAGUGGUUCAGCUGAAACAAGAGAACAAGCAGCGCAGGGAUUGGGUGAGCUGAUUGAUGUCACAAGCGAGCAGACAUUGAAGGAGUUUGUUGUUCCUAUAACAGGGCCUCUCAUCCGGAUUAUAGGCGAUAGGUUCCCAUGGCAAGUGAAAGGAGCCAUUUUAUCAACUUUGUCUAUCAUGAUAAGUAAGGGAGGAAUUGCACUUAAGCCCUUUCUUCCUCAACUUCAAACUACGUUUAUAAAAUGCCUGCAGGAUAAUGCAAGGACUGUUCGCACGAGUGCAGCACUUGCUCUUGGGAAGCUUAGUGCUCUCAGUACUCGGGUUGACCCUUUGGUUAAUGACCUUCUUUCAACAUUACAGGCAUCGGUUGGUGGUGUCAGGGAGGCUGUGUUGACUGCUCUUAUGGGUGUUAUUAAGCAUGCUGGGAAGAGUGUAGGCAGUGUCAUCAGAUCUCGAGUGUGCAUUCUCCUAAAAGAUACAAUACAGCUGGAAGAUGAUGAAGUGCGGGAAUCUGCAGCUAAAGUGAUGGGUGCCAUAUCCCAGUACAUGGAAGACACAGAACUUUCUGACCUUCUGAAGAUGGUCUCCAGCUUGAGUAUAUCAUCGAAUUGGUCAAUUAGGCAUGGUUCUAUGCUUACAUUGUCUUCCAUGGCUAUGUACAUCCCAGCCAUGAUAUGCCACUCUUCCCAAUUUCCGUCGCUCGUUGAUAAUCUUAAAAAUUCUUUGAGGGAUGAUAAGUUCCCUAUCCGUGAAUCUGCAACCAAGGCAAUUGGAAGACUCCUUAUUUAUCAGAUCCAACUUGAGGCUAAGUCAAAAACUUCAUUGGAACUUCUUCAAUUACUUAUUUCAGCUUUGCAAGACGAGUCCAGUGAUGUCAGGAGAAGAUCUUUAUCCAGCAUAAAGUCUGUUGCGAAGGUAAAUCCUUCAGCCAUUUCUGCCAACCUUUUAAAUUUGGGUCCAGCUGUUGCUGAGUGUCUUAAGGAUGGGAACACACCUGUUCGACUUGCUGCAGAACGUUGCGUCCUGCAUGUAUUCCAAUUGCCUAAAGGUGCAGAUAAUGUUGUUGCUGCCCAAAAAUACCUAACUGGCUUGGAUGCUAGGAGGCUUUCGAAGCUUUCUGAGGACAGUGAUGAUAGUGACAAGAGCGACGAUGAUACAGGAUAUACUUGAUACUAUUGUGAACAAGUUUUAGUGUAAUCAGAGGACCAGAGACCCAUCAUGAUGGAAUUUCCGGCAUCUGGGAGAUUGCGGUUCUCCACUUUUCCUCGAUACAGCCCUUGCCUUAACAUCUUUUGGAGGCUGUGAUGAGCUUGCAGGGGCGAGAUUUUGAUUGAAACCAACCCGGCAUACGUGUUUUGCAACAAUACACUAUACAAAAUAUAAACUGAGGGAAGCCAUUGAAAAGCCAUGAUAAAUUUUCUUCUUGUUUUAUACCUUCUGUUUUGUGUGUUUUGCAUCUCUUAGGAACAGAGAGCAAGAAGUAGUAGCUGUUCAUCCUUACCCACUUCCAGAAUCUUGAGCCCAAGCAAGAUAUGAAAUGUAGUAUAUAAGAUUUGUUCAAGAUGUGUGUUUCUUGUUUUGUUUACCAUCAACUCAUUUUGAUAACACUGUCGUAAUUUCUAUCGUUGAUGUUUCUAAA